AUGAUGGACACAGACACUGCCAACGCCAUGGAGGAGCCAAUCACAGCUGAAGAACUAUCACAGGCCCUGAAAAUGGCCAAAAAUGGGAAAAGUCCGGGACCGGACGGCUUCACCAUCAAAUAUUAUAGAACAUACCGCGACGCACUGAUUCCACACCUUUUGGCCAUGCUCAACACACUCAGAGAAGGGGACAAUGUGGGACACAAAACCUCGACCAUGACCGAACCAAGCUGCCGGACCAGGACACCACACGACACAAGACACCCACCCUACCACACCCUUAACCAACCACACUCACUUAACACUAAGACCAUACAACACCUCCACCAGUCACACCCCACCACACACAGCACCACACAGACCCAUCACCAUGAUGCAUCACUGACAAACCCCUAA